CAUUCGACAAUAAAGUACGUUAUUGUGUAUUAUAAAACCCUCCUUUUUUUAAUUUUAGUGUUAAGUAUUUUCUUUGAUUUUAUAUACCGUCUAUAAUUAUUGCAUGCCGAAGUAUAACUGCCAAACCUAUUGUGUGCAGUGGAUAUGGAAUACAUAUAUACUGUAUUUAUAGUAAGCGUCUAUGAAAACAAAAUUGUUUUUAUAGUUUGUACGAAUAAUGUUCAACAUGUUUAGAAAUUUAAAUAGCGCCACUACGCAAUAAUUACAAUUAACAAUAUAUACCUAAUCUAAGAGUCGUUUUUUUUUUUUUGAAUAUAGACAGUAAGUAGUGGGUUUGUGCCUUUGAGAGCUCUAUAAUGCUCUUCGAAAUUUGAACUUUUACGAAUUCCAUACAUACAUAGUUGCUUAAAUGGUAUUACAUUUUUAGACAUUUCCUUGUACCUACUUAAUGUUAUAUAAUAAAUACUGUUGUAGCGCCGUAUUAAUGAAAUUACUAGUCUUGGGGUAAUUCAUUCAUAGGGAUCCCAAAUUUUACUAAAAAUUUAAAAAAUGUUUCUUAUAUCUAGCAAUUAUAACAUGUAUAGCAAUUUUUAAAUAUUAUACCUAGGCAUUUAUAUUAAGUUUUAUUAUCUUUUUACCUACCUACUAAUAAUAUUUUUUUUUUUUUUUGUCUGUAAACAACUUUUCUACCAGAAAGAAAAUUUUAUCUAAUUGAUGUAAACGGUGGUCGUUUUUAGAUUUAACCUUAUUAUUUUCUUGAUUAUUGGGAAAAACCACGAAUAAUAUAGGUAAAAUAGGAAAGUUUAUGACAAUAAAUCUUGUAUAUAAAAUUCUCGGGUCACAGUGUUUGUUAUUGAACUCCUGUGAAACGGCUUGAUCGAUUUUCAUGACAUGUUUUGUGUAUAUUUGGUAGGUCUGAGAAUAGGUUGUAAAUUUUUUUUCACCUUCCUACCCCCAUCUAUUUUUUAAUCACGAUUUUAGUAUGUUCCUAUGUAUAUAUAUAUAUUUAUAUUUAUACGAGCAACAUCAAAUAAUUUAGCUUAUAAUAUAAUACAAUUUUUUUUUUUUUGAUUUGUGUUACCCCGGUAAUAGGGAUGAUUAAAAAUGGUGAAUAAUCAUUAUUAGACAUUAGUCAUGAACAUCGGUCCAGCCGUUCUUGAGUUAUAAUGGUAUAACUAACCCGACUUUAUUUUAUUUAUAUAAGAUCUUUGUUUUUUCAAGGGUUACCACGGAAAAGAAAACUAUUAUUAUUAUUAUUUAUACUAUUCAAAUUUCACAAUAGAAGAACACAUUUAGUCCGCCGAAGGUGGACUACCCACUUUCCACUUAUUUGUUUUCAUUCAAUUCUAAGACAGUCAAAACUAAAAUUAAUAUAGGUAAAAUAAUAAUAAUACAAAUUGGAACGGGCAACGCCGGGUGCAGGACAGCUAGUAUUAUGUAUAAUUUAUUUAUUGUUAUUAAAUAUUUUAAAAUUUGUUUUUAUUGUAAUUUGGUUAAAAAUGUAUCUGUGCUCUAGUCUAUUUUUACUUAUGAAUAUAACGUUUUAGACAGAGGAAUGAAAAAAAAAUCUAAAAAUUUGAUUGCAUUUGACAGAUUUUAAUUUUGAAAAUGUUUUUUUUUUUAAUUCGUUCAUUAGGUUUUUAACUAGUAUACGUUGGAAUAUAGUUUUUAUUAUUGUUAUUAUAAGUAAAAGGUGAAGUACUUUAAAUAGGUAGAUAAAUUUUUGUAUUUUUUUUAAAAUUAUUAUCAAAUUUUAAGAUUUACACUAAAACAAAAAUUGUAUUUCUAAUAUGUCCUACUUAAGAAUUAUAAUCCGUCAAACACUAUUACUACAGUUUUUUGUGGAUUUUAGGUCUAAAUCAACUAAUAUUUAUUCCAAUCUCCUUAAAUUAAAUGAAUAACAUUUCAAUUAUUUAACAUAUAUUAUUAUUAAAACUCCACGAGCAUAAAUCAAAUUAAGAUACCUUAAUUCAUGGUGUAAACCUCAAUUCUGCUUACAGGGAUUUAGGUAUUAACAUAUAGUAUAAUUAUGGUAUAGUAAUAAUUUAAAGUUGAAAAUAAAUUUUGCAAAAAUUAUAUAUUAUAUUAGCAUGUAUAAUUAUUGAUUAUAUUAAAUAUAUUUAUUUAGCUAUUGAAUAAACUAUCUUUGCAUGUUUAUGUAAUAAUUAAAAUGAAUAAUAUGUUUAUGAUUCAUAUUUAUUCAUUUCUAGAUAUACUAUGAAUUUUAGUACAUUUUUCAAUUGAAACCUUAAAAAUGAAUUUUACACCUCAACUAAGUCAAAGUAAGAAUAAAUUUUGUUAAAUAUAUAAGUAAUAUUAUGAAUUAUUAUAUAGGUAUCUAAAAAAGUAAUAGUUUAUUAAUAAUAUGUUGUUUAUAUUUUUAGAAAUUGGUAAUCUUAGUGGUAAAUUUGAUGAAGAUUCAGAUUAUAAUGAUAAAGAUUGGUAUAAUGGAAGUAUUAAAUCUAUCACUUUGGAAAAUUUUAUGUGUCAUUCAAAUUUUCAUUUAACAUUAAAUCCUCGGAUAAAUUUUAUAUCAGGCUUGAAUGGUAGUGGAAAAAGUGCUAUCCAAACUGCUCUUGUUAUUGGUUUUGGUGCCAGAGCAAGCAUUACUAACCGUGCUGAUUCAUUAAAGAAAUUUAUUAAAUAUGGUUGUUCUUCGGCUACUAUUGCAAUAAAAAUAGCAAAUGGUGGGAUAGGAAGCUAUGAAAGUACUCCCUUCAAACCUGAAGUGUAUGGUAAAGAAAUAACUAUAGUGAGACAAAUUACAGAAUCUGGUAGUGUUCCAUACAAGUUUUUAAAUGAAAAUGGUCGAAUAGUUAAAGCUUCUAAAAAUGAAUUAAAAAGUUUAACUCUUCAUUUCAAUAUUUUAGUAGAAAAUCCAAUAUGUGUUAUGAAUCAAAAUAUGGUUAAAACAUUUCAUAAAAGUGCAAAUCCAAAUGCCAAGUAUGAUCUUUUUUACAAAGCUAUAUCUGGCAAUAUAUACGAAGCACAAAUAGAAAAAACAAAAUCAGUUGCAAAUGAAUAUUCUGACAAACUUCAAAAUGUCGAAAGUGUUUUGAAUCAAUGUUUUAAAGAAGUAAAUGAAUAUGAGAUUUAUGAAAAAAAAAACCAAAGACUAGGAACUUUAAGAAAUAAAAAAAUGGAGUUUCAAAAUGAGUAUGCGUGGGGUAUAAUUUCUGAAUAUGAACAAAAUUAUAAAUCAAUUUUAAGCCAAAUUGAAGUACAAAAAAAUAAUAUGUCAGGAAAUACAGAAAAAAAGAUAGAGUUGGAAGAGAAUUUAAAAACUUGUUUAGAAUCAUUAGAAAUUAAAAAAGAUGCAUUGAAAAACAUGGAAGAUUCUCGUACGCGUAAUCAUUUUAUUUACAUGGAUACUAAAAAAGAAUUAAAGGAAAAAACUAAUGAAUGCGAAAUUCAACAAAAUGUUGUUAGAAAAUAUCAAAAUUCUUUAAAUUCAUUGAUUAAUGAUAGAAAAGAAUUUGAAAGACAUAUUGAAAUUGAGCGUCAAAAAGGCAAUACAAAUUCUUUAGCACAAAUUCGAGCAAAACUUUCCCAAUGUGAGGAAAAUAUUGCUGAAGUUGAAGCAGCAUGGAAAACUAAUAUGGAACACGAGCAAACUUUACGUAAUACAAUUGAUGAUUUAAAACAGAGAAUGGGACAGAUAAAGGACAAUAACAUUAGUCCUAUACAAAGGACAAUCAUUGAAAUUAAUAGAAAUAUUAAAAAUAUGUCUCAACAGCAAGAUAAGAUACAUUUUUAUGGAAAUUGGAUGCCAAACCUAGUAGAAAAUAUCGAAAUUGCAUUCAAGCAAAGGAAAUUUAUAAAAAAACCAAUAGGACCUAUUGGGGCAUACAUUAAAGUAAACAAUAACAAAUGGAUAUUUUCAAUUGAAAACCACUUGGGCCGAGGGAACUUAAAAACAUUUUUGGUUGACAACUUUGCAGACAAUAAGGUACUUCAAUCUAUAAUGAACAAAACAAUACCUAGCAGUGAAAGAAAACCAACUGUCAUCACCAGUAAAUUUUUUGACAAAGUACAUGAUAUUUCUACUAAAAAGACUACAAAUAGUAUGUUUGAUAUGUUAACUUUUACUUCUCCUGCUGUAGCAAAUUGUUUGAUUGAUAACAAUCGCAUUGAAAAAAUAAUGCUUAUUGAUGAUACAAUUGAAGCUAUGCCUUUAAUGGAAAAUGUGUCUAGAGUUCCUAGAAAUUGUAACUUCAGUUUAACUUUAGAUGGUACCCAAGUGUAUCCUAGUCCUUCUUACAGAGUAUAUGCUCUACAAAAUCCUUCUGAACCUGUUCUCCUACUAAGUGAUGUCUCAGUUGCAAUGAAUAAUUUAAAACAUCAGAAAAAUGAACUAGAAAAAAAAAUAAGUAACUUAAACAAAGAGUUUGAAAAUUUUGAACAAUCGAAACUAGAAAAUCAAAAAAACUUGAACAAGACUCAGUUAGAAACAAGACUCUUAAAAGCCAAGUAUGAAGAAUACAAUAAGAAAAUUAACGAACUCAAAGCUAAAUGUGAGGAAGACCAAGAUGACAGAUUGGCUUUUCUCACAGAAGAAAUUAAUGAAAUUAAUAAGAAGAUAGAUAAAGUUGUACAAUUAAAAGAAAAUGCUAUGGAACCAAUUGCAGGAUAUAAUAAAGAAAUUCAUGAAAUAACUCAAAGAUUGCAUGAAGUUAAGUCGAUUAUUGAAAAAACUGAUCGCUCUGCAAUAUUAGAACAAAUUGAGGGUUUUCAAACUCAAAUUAAAAAUUAUCAAAUGGAAAUGUCACAAAUUAAUCAAAAUUUAGUAGAACAAAAUAAAACACUAACAACAUUACUCAAAACAGCAGAAAAAGAAAAAGAGAUUCUCAUAAAUAAAACUGAAGAAGCCCAAAAUUUUUGUGAAAAAAUUAAUGUUACACGUAGUGUGGAAGAUAUAAAGACAGAUAUUAAAGAGAUCACACAUAAAUAUGACUUGUUGAAAAUGGAAUUGAACAAAAGAGGAGAAAACUACCUAGUGUUGAGAGAUGAAUAUAAGAAAAAAAAAGAAGAAUAUAUUAGGCAACGAGCUCUGUACAAACAAAUUGUAGAAAUUUAUCAGUCGAAUAACAAAUCUAUUAAACUUAGUAAAAUAGCUCUUGAUAAUUAUGUUCAAUUUAUUAAAUUGAAGGUAAUUGAAUCUUUUGAUUUAGUGCUGUUAAUACGUAAAAUAAAAGGUCAACUUCUGAUCGACUCUCAAGAACAAAGUAUGGUUAUUACCAUGUUUGAUAAUAUAAGUACAUCUUGUGCAUCUGGCGGUGAAAGAACAUUUGCAACAGUAGCUUUAAUUAUAGCAUUAUGGAGCAACAUGCAACUGCCAUUUUAUUCUAUUGACGAAUAUGAUGUGUACAUGGACAAUGUUAAUCGAUUAGCUACUACUCAGUUACUGAUGAUGGCCAUUGAACAACGCAAAAACCAGUUUAUAUUCCUAACACCACAAGACAUUUCACAUAUAAAGAAGAAACAUAAUAUUAAGAUUGUUAAAUUAAAAGAACCAAGAAUAUAAUAAAGUAAAUGGUUUCAAUUGUUUUUCUUAUUACAUAGUAAUAAAGUAUAUUAAUAAUUUAAUUUUUAAGUAGUUUUUUUAUUUUUAUAUAUUAUUUAAUGUUAAGUAACAAAAUAGUACAUUUUAUCGUAUACUGUAUUAAAUUAAUACUUGAUUAAAAUGUAUGAUUUAUUGUUUUUUAUAAUUAUUAUAAUUGUAUACUGUAGUAAAUUAUCGACAUUUAGUUACUUAUAGUACUCUUAAGAUUUAAGUAUAUAUUAUACCAAUACUAGUGUUUUACUAUCUUUAGGCUCUAUAAGCAUUGAAUAGUUUAUAUUUUUAUGAUGAAACUAUUAAGUAGCUACUCUGUAUUAAUUUCAUAUCUAAAACAAUAACUUGAUACAGACAAAAUACUAAUAUUAUUUAUUAUAUAAGAAGUUUGUAUUUAUGAAUUA